GUGACUCUAUUUGAUGGAUCAGAGAGUCCAGGUGGUCCAGUUAGAGGUCAUACCUGCAGCGAUGGCUCAGGUGAAGGCAGCAGGAGAUGCAGUGAGAAGUCAGCAGGAGUGUCCAGAGGUUUAUUCUGAUAUGAUGACGGUCAGCUCUACAGCAGGUCAGUCUAAAAAAUACCCUUAAGAAUAUCUGAUUAUACUAUUAUUGGUAUGGAGUCAGCUCUACAAUAUUCAUUAUUUAGAAUAUUAAAAUAUUUAUACAAUCAUUUUACAGCAGAACUGGUUUUCCGGCUUUCCCCCAAAAGUGUUUUUUAAGUGUUGCACUGUGGUCUAGAACUUAUUAGUUUAGGUUUUUAGAGGAAAUAUAAUUUCAGUAUAUAAAAACUUCUAAUUUCUUAAAUACUGAAACGAGACACAGAUUUAACCAACACAAAAACAAACAACAAAUUUGACUGUGGGCUGAAUGAAGGGGUUUCACUUUUCAUUUCUUUGUAAACUUUUUUCAGCGCAGUUUGACAGGCAGGAAUAAUCUCAGUGUUGAACUUGUACUCUACCUUAGUUAUUUGAGUAAUAUCAUUAGAUUUCCCUGCUUUAUUCCAUGUAAUCUUAUUAAACUAUAACUUCAAAUUAAAGUUGAUAAAGUGAGUUUUAGGGGUGAAAAAAAAAAAGGAAAGGUGGCGAUCAUUAAAUUCAUCAUUUCACCUUGUCUAAAGUUUGAAAGAAACCUCCUCCUGUGUCUCGUCCAUCAUUCAUGGUGUGAACCAAAGGUCUGCUCAGGCCACCAAUUUGUCAAAUUAGUCACUUUGUUUGGUAAUCUCAGUGUAAUCCUGCAGGUUCUGGUAUCUUUUUCUCACCAGCUUGCCUUCAUCAGCUAAAGCUCACUCGCUCUCAGGUUGCCCGAUGGCAGUGGGAACCAGAAACUCAUGUAAUCCUCCUUUAUUCAGAGAGUCAUCUGUGAAAUGCCCCUUAAUAAAUUAACGACACUUUUUUUAUAACACUGAGGAAGUGUUGAGUCUAUUCAGCAUCUUUUCAGGGCAUGAACUCUUUUUCUUCCUCCUGAAAACAGAUAUUGGAGACUCUGUGAGAAGGGGGUCACUGUGCGAGACCUCUGUGUCUGUGGGUCUCAGCAGGAGAAGCAGCAGAGGUUUCCACCCCUCCCCCGCCCGGAGACGACACCGCACCUCUUUCAGCCACAAACAGCUGGAGCAGCUGGAGGGGGCCUUCGCACAAAACCAGUACCCUGAUAUCUACUAUAGAGAGGAGCUGGCCCGGGUCACCAAGCUGAAUGAGGCCCGCAUACAGGUGAGAAACAUGGGUACUCGUGUACUACUACUUUCUGAGAAGAUUUGGGACUUUGGGGACCAGUAAGGAGAUCCUUCAUCUUUUCUUCUGGUCCAUACAGAGUAUCCUUCAGUUCUGUUAAUGUUCUGCAAGCAUAGUACCAGCUUUGACCAUCAGAGGGGCUCUUUAGGGUACCCAACAGUCAUAAACACUUUUUCAGCAGCAGAGGGGAGAAUCAGGUGACAUGAUUGUUGAUGUGAUUGUGAAGAUUGUCAUGCAAGACAAAUGAUCAUGAAAACAGACGAUAAAAUGUUAUCUUAAUUCUCACUCUGAAAAUUUCUCAGAGUCCAGAAGAAGUCCACACAGUGUUCUUUGUCAGAUUUAGGAAUGUGGUUUACUGUGCUACAUGAUACAGUUUUAUCUCUUUUUUGAUUGAUUGCUCUUAUCACAUUGGAAAAUUUGUAAACAUCCAAUUAAAGAAUUAUAGAUUAAAAUUUAAGGCCUAAACUUAGCUUUUUUUUUUUUUGUAAGUAGGGGAGAUCGGGGCUUGUUGUCACAUGGAUAAGUUGUCACACUGCAAUUAUAUUUGCCACCAGAGGGCGCAACUAAAAAGUGGAAUACUAGUUUUCCUCCUUUAUAUGGUCAGGGGUUAUGUCCUGUCUGAGAAUAGAAGAGCAUAUUGUGAGCUGAGAUGAGCGCCAAGUAACCAUUUUGCACAACCCAAAGUAAAAAAAAAAACUAUAUAUUUUAAAAUAAGUUUAUUCCAGAUAAAAAUCCAAGCAGUGAUACACGUGGACUUGUUAGAGGAGAGAUUAAGGUAUCCUGUCAUUCCUCAGUCAUUGUUGUGUUUUACACUAACUAAAGUUAGAACUUUAAUUUGCAGACAUGGUACUUUGGGGCAACAUGUCUCAGUCAUUUUGGGGUUGGUUGUCACAUGUUUAAAAGGAAUUAAAAUGAACAUAGAGAGUUUAAAGGAGAGGAGAAGGCGAUAAGAUAUGGUCAGGAAUUUCAAAGAGAAAAACUGAACAUGGCAGUGCAGUACCUGACGGUGGGGCAACAUGUCACGUGUUCACACUCUCUAUUUGAUUGCUUAUAACUUUGCACUGAAACAAGAUAUGAAAGUGACAUAAAUAAGCAAUACAUACCUGAGACUUUGGUCUUUCAUCUGGUACACAUUUUGUUUAUAAAUGAUGUAUUGAUUCCUAGAAAUAUAUAAGAAUGUUAAAAGUGUGACAACCAUCCCCGGUCUCCCCUACAGAGAUCAAGUUUUUGUCCUUCAGUUUCUCCCUUGUCUAGUUGGGAUUUUAUGUUUUGACAGUAUGAGAGGGAGAACUGUGUCAAGAAAAACUACAUUUGUUGAUUUUUUGUUUUUUUCCAUUUACAAUAAGAUAAUCUCACAUGUCCUCUGCAGGUUUGGUUCCAGAACAGACGGGCCAAACAGAGAAAGCAGGAGCGCACCUCACAGAAAAUCCUCCCCCUGGGUGUGAUGUCCGGUCACAGGGGGCUGCUGGGAGGUGUUCAUGUCCAGCCGUCCAGCAUAAACCGACAGUUCUACCCCCAGCCCUUGACUCACCUCCCUCGCCUCACCCCCAUAAUACCCACUGGCCCAUAUUCCCGUCACCCAGGCCCUGUCCCCCAGUGCCCCUGUCCACAACCAGCAGCAGCCCCACGGCAGCACGACGACUGGUUCAACCCACUGAGGAGCAACAUCCCCUCCUCCAUGUUCCCCCUACAGCCUCCGGAGCCGCCCGCUCACUGGAGCUAAAGAGUUACAGAUAACUUCAUAGUAUUACAGUUUUAUCCCACAACUUACGCUGUAAGUGACUUUAAGGCACUAAAAAAGUUUGUAGUUAGCUUUGGUAGCUUGAUUUAGCCUGCAGCAGUGAAACAAAUGGAAAUGGUUUCAAUGAAAUCCACCCCUGAUCAAAGUACGGUACACUGUCUGAAGUUGUUGUUGUUGUUGUUGUUGGUUACAAUAUCUCAUCACACUUAAAGCUACCAUGAAGAGUUUUCUUUUUUUUUGAUGGUUAUCAACAACACCAAAAUAAAAAUUGAUGCCUCUUUGUGACCCAAGAAACAAGAUCUCAUUAGACUUUUAAUUUCUAACACUUGUAGCUGUUGACAGGGGAUAGGUGUCAAAUACAAUGGUAUUAACAGUUGUAGUAACAUUUGCUUACAUUUUCUACAGCAAAUAUUCACAAUGAUUGUUUGUCUAUCCAAAGACAACAAUAAAAGAUUCUACUUGGGAAAACACCAUUAAAAAAAUAGAUACAACUGUGUCCACAGGGGGGCGCCAAAAUAACACAAUUUAACACUUCCUCACAGGAGCUUUACAAUAAGCCUCACUGACCCUGCAAGUCUGCAUAAAGAUCUUAUUUUGAGUUACAGUGAAGCAAAAUUAGAGGUUCAUAAGAUCAUAUUAGAAAAAUAUCUUUCAACACAACAAGCAAAAAUUCUUUCCCAUUUUUGGCGUGUGAUAUCUUCAUAAAAUUAUCCUCGAAUAUGAGUUUUUUCUGGGGUUGUCAGGCCAGUGUGAGUUAUAUUAGUGUGAUGGAUUAAAUACACUUGCUGUGAUUUGAGUUUCUGUUAUUGUAAAACCUCAAGUGCUUUUAAUAAAUACAGAUC